CUUCGCGGUUCCGGGGUCGCGGGGCCAGUCCCCUGCGGCGUCGCUAGGGAGGCUGAGGCUCGGGCAGGGAUCGGUGCGCCCCACUGCGGACAGUCGGCUUCGGGCAAGGAGGUGAUCCGCACGGGCGAGUGUCUCCGCUCGGCUUUCCCGAGGACGUGCGGCCGGGGCGUGGCGUGGCGGCGGGACUGAUAUCCCGGUGUUCUUUGAGACCUGGCGGAACCGAGAUGACCCAGUCUUUAGUUUGCCCCGAAACCGUGAGCAGGGUGAGCUCGGUGCUGAAUCGUAACACCCGGCAGUUUGGGAAGAAACACCUUUUCGACCAGGAUGAGGAGACUUGCUGGAACUCGGAUCAGGGUCCCUCCCAGUGGGUGAUGCUGAAGUUUCCCCAGCGAGUCCGCCUCUCCCUGUUGCAGAUACAGUUCCAGGGGGGGUUCUCCAGUCGAAGGGGCCACCUGGAAGGUUCUAAGGAGGGUGAUGCCCUCUGCAAGAUUGUGGACUUCUACCCAGAGGACAACAAUGCUCUUCAGACUUUCCCUGUGCCAGUUGUGGAGGUAGACCAGCUGAAAGUGGCAUUUGAGGAGCUCACAGACCUUUUUGGCCGCGUGGUCAUCUACCACCUGCGGGUGUUAGGUGAGAAGGCAUGAGAACUCUGGAAUGCUGUGUCCUUCAGGAAGCCCGCAGGGAGGCAUCAACAGCCCUUCAUGUUCUGCACAGAAGGUUUAUUGGUUACUGUUGGGGAGGGUUCCUUCCCAUCACCUGUCCAGGAGCUGCCUUUGAAGCCAAUUUUGGGUCUUCUCCAGCUCUGGCUUGACUGUUCUGUUCCCUGAGUGUCUUGAGUCCCCGAUAGGUGGCCUUCACUCAGGGUCUGGGUCAGUAGGCCCCAGGUUACUCUGGAAGAGUCUGAGGAUGUGGUUUUCCAUCACCUGUUGCACUGAAGGUGGGGCAGAAAGCAGGCGGCAGUUAGUGGGAGUGGAGGCAGGGAGGCUGUUUGGCCUCAUCCAGGAGACCAGCACUUUGACUUGCUGGACUGGGAGAACUACCACAAAAUUAGGUUGUUUGAAAGUAAGGUUCCCUUCUGGGUUUGAGUCUUCCAUGCCUCCUCCCCCACUACCCCCGCCCUUCUUUUCUCUGACUGGAAGCAACACAAGGCCCUCAUCAAAUGUGGCCACCAGUCCUGUAUCUCCCAGCCUUCAGAAUCAGAAGCCAAAAUAAAUUUCUUUUCUUUAUAAAA